UUGCGCUAACUCGGUUAAUUAAAAAUGUCUGCAUUGUUUGGUUGAUUAAUUUGAUAUUAUUAACUUUGUUUAGUUAUUUCGCAGUGGCUACGGGUACGUCUAGACAUAUCUUUAAUAAAAAAAGUUAGAGAUACGUCCAAACAUUCGGACGCAGAGAAGCAUUUUGUUAAACUUUAAUUUUAGAAAUCAAAGAUUUGUGUUAACAAUGGCUUUGAAUGUUGGUGAUAAGUUUAACUCUUUAAAAGAGUUAGAAAUAGCCAAUAAGAACUAUAAAGUAGAAUUUAGCGUUUUUUUAUAUAAACGAGAGAGUAGAUCCAUUGCAUCUGCAAGAAAAAAAGGCAUCAGGCGAACCUUAAACGACGAUUUGUUGUUUUAUAGCAUGCAUUAUGCAUGCUAUCAUGGAGGGAAAAAUUUUAAAAGUCGAUCAAAUGGAAAGUGUCCAAAUCAAAGCGCAUUCCAGAUAGAUUGCCCAUAUGAAAUCUGGAUAAAUGUAUCUGACAACGGUUCACAAUUAUGCAUCCAAAAGUUGGUAGUAGAGCACAAUCACGUUGACAAAAUUUCUCAUAGUUGCAGUAUCAUCGAAAGAGACGUUAUGUUUCCUUACAUGGUUUUAAUACUAUUUUUCCUGCGAGUAACAAUAGCCGAUGUAGGAGCCAAUGGCAUAACUUUAAGUUGUAACGGAUCUCAACCAGCAGUAAGAAUAAACGGUAUACUUAUGAGAAGCCUGGCAUGCGAUGUAAAAUCAGAGCGAAAUUUCAUUGGUUGCAAUAAAGAUAUGUUACAAGAUUCAAUAUUGAGAGCGUGUCCAACUACAGUGGCGUGUUAUUACUAUUGUUAUUAG